AUGUGGAAAAGAAAGCUACUAAUUAUGGUGAAGGUKUUUCUGCUGAUGACAAUGCUUACCUCGGCAACGCAGGCAAAUUCUGAUGCUGGCAAAACUAUUAAAACGUUAACACCGAAUGCCAACAUUGCACGAGAGCAACGUCCCUUAUUGGCCAAUUCCAAAAUAAAAGUCCAUAUCGAAUGUGAGGGUCGUGAUGGCUUAGAUGUAAAUAUUGAGUGGCAAUUGUACGAGCGCCAAUGUUGGACGGACAAGCGCAUGUACGAUAUACAAAAAUACGAUAUAGAAGAAAAUUUGCCAAUGCAAAAUAAAUCGGAAUUUGGUUUCAUCACUAUGGAUUCAAAAACUACCGAAUGUUCAACGCAUCCAAUUCUGUUGUCGGAAAAACAAUGGCCGGUGCAAGAAACGACAGCGUCUGGCAUGGCAGCGUUAUCACCAGAGGCAGCUGCUUUGGCAUCGGUCAAGAAAGCGAACAAUACCAAAAAACAUCCCACAGCGCCAUUAGAUAAAAACAUCAUCACCAUUGGCAGAGAUGGCAUUUAUGAAUUGACAUUGAAAAUUGAAGCUGUCAAAAGUUCAGAGCCCAUAGAUUUUUCCGCACAUGUACAGCUGGAUAUUGUUGGACCUGAUGGCGGCUACCUUUCUGCCAUUGAUCAUCCACUCUUGGCGUUCUACGGCAUAAUGUGCGUCGUCUAUGUAAUUUUCGGCAUUAUCUGGCUCUUUGUGUCAUUCAUGCAAUGGCGUGAUCUCUUGCGCAUACAAUUCUGGAUUGGUGGCGUCAUAUUGCUUGGCAUGCUGGAAAAGGCCUUCUUCUAUGCACAAUACUAUAGCCUAAAUGCCACGGGUGUACCAGUUGAGGGCGCCGAAUUAAUGGCAGAAUUUGUUUCGUGCGCCAAACGCACACUAGCACGCAUGCUUGUCAUCAUAAUGAGUCUGGGUUUCGGUAUUGUCAAACCUCGUUUGGGUCCAAUGCUUCAUCGCGUGGUUGGCGUUGGUGCGCUGUACUUUGUCUUGGCUUGCGUUGAAAGUUACUUGCGUGUGACUAGCACGAAAACCGAUGAACAGUUGGUGGCCGCCAUACCGUUGGCUGUGCUGGACACAGGCAUCUGUUGGUGGAUAUUCACAUCGCUGGUGCAGACCACCAGAACGUUGCGCUUAAGAAGAAAUAUGGUGAAACUCUCCUUGUACAGACACUUCACAAACACACUGAUAUUUUCGGUGCUUGCAUCAGUGAUAUUUAUGUUAUAUGCACUGCAUGUGCGCAAGUCACAGAACUGUACACCAAUUUGGCGCAAUAUUUGGUUCGAUGCCGCUUUCUGGCAUAUACUGUUUUCGGUAUUGUUGUUGGUUAUUAUGAUUUUGUGGCGUCCCACAAAUAAUAAUCAACGCUAUGCAUUUACACCGCUACUUGAUGCGCCCGACGAUGAGGACGAUGAUGAGGAAGAUCAAUUCGUCGCCGAUGCGUAUGGUGUCAAAAUGCGCAGUUCGCAUGCAAAUGGUGGCACUAAAACACCACCGAAUGCACAGCGCGGCACAACGACCGAAGAGGAUGAUUUACGUUGGGUGGAAGAGAAUAUACCCUCAUCAAUGGCCGAUCCCGCGUUGCCGGUUUUAGAUUCGGAUGAAGAAAUCAUAAAUACGAGAUUCGAAGUUUCGAAAAUGCAAUAAAGCUAUACCAUAUAGUAAGAACGAAAAAAAAAACCAAAACAUCUAAAACUAUAUAUAAGUACUAACAACAACACAUACACACACACACACCUAACAAGAGAACAGAAGAAAAAUGUUGAUUUGUGAUUUUCAGUAUAAUUUGCUUGCUUAUAAACAUACAUUAAUAUAUAUACAUAUAUGCAUAUUUUAUAACAGUUAUCACAUAUGCAUUGUAAAUGCUACAUUAUUUUCUUGUUUAAUGCUUAUUAUUGAUUAUAUUUUAUUUGCGCGAAAAUAAAAUGUUUGUUUGAUUUAAGUGAAAGUUAUAAACAGCUAAAAUAUAAUACGUUUUAUAUAUGCACAAAUUAACUAAUCUAAGUUUACAUUAAGUUCUAAACUUAAUAAUAAGUUGCUAGCUUUGCUUUGUUACUAUUAUUAUUAUUCUUUUUUUUCAUGGUUUUUUCGGUAUUAUUAUAAAAAUUGCUUUUUCACACAUUUAAAGUAUUUUGUAUAUGGUUUAUUAUUUGGUUUCUUAUAGAUAAGUAGUUUAUUUUCAAG